AUGGGUUCAACGCCUACCGGGAUUGCAACGCCGCAGCCAGAUCCCUCCGACAAGCGCGUCCCCGGGAUCAUGCCUAGUUUCUUUGCACAGGUUGGUGCUGGUUCCGAUUCUAAUUCAAUCCCUACCGCUGCCACCACCAGUAUACGGCCUUCUACCUCUUUCUCUCCUUCUCCUCCUCCUCCUCCACCACCUCCUCCUCAUCCCAUAUCUUCUCCUUCUUCUACCCAUCAUACCCCAGGGAAACAUAGUAGUGAUGAUGGUGUGGUUGCUGUUGGGGAUCCUUGCCAGCAGACCGGAGAGACACAGCAGCAGGAAAUACAACCAGAUGUUCUGAAACCGCCUACUUCAACAUCAACCUCCCCUCCCCUCACUGAAUCGACCAAUCUGUUGGACCGCGGUUGUCAGAACCCAGCACUUGUCAACACACCUUCCCGUCCUGCCACCGCCCAGAGUCUCGAGGUUAUAUCAGACAAGGACUACUUGCUCGCCUCUUCCAAGGAUACAAGUAGCGGUGGCGGUGGCCGCACUGAUGCUGGUGCUGUUGCUGUCAAUCCUUUACCGACUCCUCCCCGCUCCUCCUUUUGUUCUAUCGCCAAUAGGGACACCGAAGAGGCUCAGAAUGGUGCCCCAGAAGUCGAUACAGGAGUGAGCUCGGUUUACCGUGCCCUGAAGAACCUUAUCUUCUCCAAAACCUCACAAAAGCAAAAGCCCAAACGACAUACCUCCUUUCCUGUCUCCAGUGUUUCCCCAGAUGCUGUCAUGGCUUCCCACUUUUCCAAACCCUCCCGUCCCUCUUCACAAUCAAUAUCAAAGCCCAAUUCCCUCUCAUCUUCCUCCAAAUCUUCUUCCCAAACUCACAAUGAUCACCUUCAUCACCACCACUCAAUCUCCAGCUCUUGUGAAGACCUGGAAAAGCUGACACACAGCGUGGCCGCGGGCCCGCGGACAAAGAACACACCUCCUCUCACCCCUCGCGCAAUGUCCAAUGAAACCGAUGCCGCGGAGAAGAGAGAUCCUCCAAGAUCGAUAAUAGAGCACUCUCCCCCUCACCAGGGUAACAAGACCCCGGAUAGCAGCUCCCAGGGCGGAAGACACUCGACUGCCUCUUCGUCGCAUGCGCGGAAAAGCAAAUCAAACAAGCCCACGGCUUCCUCCAGAUCUAGCGGAGCCUCGGAGGAAUCCGGCGUGCCGGUGACCGCGUCUUUAAAGGGAAAACUAACCGUCAAAAUAGUUGAAGGACGAGGCCUUCGUCCCAGCGUCGACCCUGACGUGCUUGGCCAUCAGUCGGAGCUCGACGUGUCUGUCUACGACCGCUCGAACCAUGAGGCUUUUCUCGGACAUUUGAAGCUAUCUCUCCACCUAAAGGAUGACCGCACCACGUUGUCGGGAUGGUACCCUCUACAGCCACUUGCUCAUGGCCAGGGGCCGGUGUCAGGAGAGAUAUUCCUACAAAUGAGUUUCCAAAAGACGGACAAGAAGCAAUUCGGUCCAAACGACUUCCAGAUUCUCAAGCUUAUCGGAAAGGGUACCUUUGGUCAGGUGUACCAGGUGAGGAAGAAGGACACCCAGCGGAUUUACGCUAUGAAGGUAUUGUCGAAGAAGGUCAUUAUCCAGAAAAAGGAGAUCGCCCAUACUCUUGGAGAGAGAAACAUCCUUGUCCGCACCGCCAUGACGGACUCCCCGUUUAUUGUUGGCCUCAAGUUUUCCUUCCAGACCCCUACGGAUUUGUACCUGGUCACAGAUUACAUGUCAGGCGGCGAGCUGUUCUGGCAUCUCCAGAAGGAAGGCCGAUUCCUCGAAGCUCGCGCGAAGUUCUACAUUGCCGAAUUGAUCCUUGCCCUACAGCAUCUUCAUGACCAUGACAUUGUGUACCGCGAUCUGAAGCCUGAGAACAUUCUUCUUGAUGCCAACGGGCAUAUAGCUCUAUGCGACUUUGGCUUAUCCAAGGCCAAUCUCACCAAGGAUGACACUACCAACACCUUCUGCGGCACAACCGAAUAUCUCGCUCCGGAAGUCUUACUUAACGAAACCGGAUACACUAAAAUGGUCGACUUCUGGUCCCUAGGUGUCCUUGUAUUUGAAAUGUGCUGCGGCUGGAGCCCAUUCUAUGCCGAGGAUACCCAGCAAAUGUAUAAGAAUAUCGCGUUCGGCAAGGUUCGGUUCCCGCGCGAUGCCCUCAGCGCAGAAGGUAGGAAUUUCGUCAAGGGCCUGUUGAACCGCAACCCUGAACACCGGCUUGGCUACCGGGAUGACGCUAAGGAGCUCAUGGCACAUCCAUUCUUCCAUGACAUCGACUGGGUCGUACUAGCCAAUAAGGGUGUCAUCCCUCCCUUCAAACCAACACUUACGUCCGUCAUGGAUACUUCGUACUUUGACCCUGAGUUUACCACUGCUCUGGAACAAUCUGCCUCACUGAACGCCAGAGCCGCUGCAUUGGCAAAUGGGUUGAAUCCCGCCGGUACCCCGUUGUCGCCUGGCAUGCAAGCUAACUUUAAAGGUUUCACUUUUGUCAAUGAGAGUUCGAUGGAGCAUCAUAUGAGCCAUGGUGAGAAUUACUCUAGUAAUGCAGCAGACGAUUACAUGGAGGAAGAUUUCCCUGAGCAAUGGGCGCAGCCUCAUAAAGUUGGUGGUGGUAGCGGCAGGGCUGGCACAGGCCAUGGUGCUGGUCCUGAUCAUAGCCAUCGCAUGAGCGGAGUUGAACGCACAAACGCAGCAUCGAAUGGUGAUGCUGACGCAGGCAUCUUCCAUGACGACUAUCACUUUGAGAUGUGA